AUGGAUAAAAUUCGACAGAAAUCUAAAAAGGAAAGCAAGGACAAAAGUAACAUGUUCACUGCUGAUAUAAAAUCCAUGAAGGAACAUAUCAAAAUAAAGGAAAUAUUGCGGAAUGUGAAAAUGAAUAGCAGUAUGCGAUUAAAAGCACCGAAAGGCAGUAAAAUAAUGCAAAAUAAAGAUUUCAAUGAUGACUUUGACGAAAACUGUAACAGUGAUGAACCACCUGCUAGUGCUACUAACGUUGAAAUUGUGAAUUUAGUUCCUGAAAAUUUCAAUGAAAAAUGCUGUGACGAUAUCGAAAAACCUCCAAAUGGUGAUAUCGUCGAUGAUUCAAAUAACUCUGAAGAAUCGAAGGAAAUUAACGAAACUAAAAGUGACAAUGUCCCUAAAAUUAUAGUUAAUGAACUGAUUGGAAAUGAAAAUAUCAUACAGGCAGACGAAGAAAUAGUUAUUAGUGAAAACGGAAAUAAGAAAAUAUCAAAUGACGAAUUAAAACGGACUAUAUCAGUGGAACCAACGUUAGUUAAGGAAAAGUUAAAUCACAUACAAACACGAGAGAGGAAACUAUCUUUAGAUCAAACAAUGUUAAACAGACGAGACAGUUUCUCACAAUCUGAACUGGAUCUACAUUCUAUAGGGAAAUCUCCGUUAGAAAGAAAAUCAUCGUUUUUUAGAAAAAAAUUGGAAAAUUUCAUUAAGAAUACUUCAGAAGUAUUUAAGAGGCAAAGUAAAUCAGAGCUACGUAGAAGAAGUUCGUUAUCUAUGUCAUUACAAUCUUUAAAUGAAGAUUCCACUAAUGUCAUUAACAGUUCUGCUGCUAGUGAAAGGUUACAAAAAAGCAACUGUAGUCUUCAGUCGACAUCAACUGUGGGAUGCAGCAACUCCAGCCUCCAAAGCAAUGGAGAACCACCACUACAGAUUCAAGACGAUCAGGAGGACUUGGCGAGCAGCCAGCCUGUGCUAAGCACAAGCCAACCGCUGACAAACGAUGAGUUAGAGUGCAACCAGCCUCCGCUCUGUGCAAGCCAACCGCUGACGAAUAUAUCCUCAGAAAGUCUUACCGAGGCUUAUAUCCAGGAUUCUAUGCUGAACUCCCGGGCCAUAUCUAUGAGUUCAGGACUAGAUACAGCGACUGGAACGAGGAGACGAAAAGCUUUAAGAUCGAACAGAGUCACCUGGCUGGCCAGUGAAGGAUUAACGAACUACGUGCGUCGAAUGAUUCAAGAUGAAAAGAACAGGGAGAUGCAGGUGUGUCAUUCUUAUCAGGACCUAUCAAGUAUACCAGAAAAUUAUCUUUAUGGCAUCGACAGCAAAGGUCGAAGGCUUUCAUACCAGAGGGCAGUGUCUGGCGAAGAUCCGGUACCUCAUGUUAGGUACCAAGAUACGAGUUUAAGAAAAAGAGGAAUACCGGAGAAUUCAGAGGCCAACUUCGAGCUAUCAAACCAGCUGGCCGAGUUUACGCGGAGCGGAGUGCCUUCCUUAAAAGGUUUCUGCGUCGCUAACGUACCCGACGAGGCUUUCGCAUACCUCGUCUGGGCUGAACAUCCCGAAAAUCUAGAGGAGUUCUACGAUUGGAAAAAACUGAGUCCGAACGAGGAGGCCCGCCAAGCGGUGAUACGGGAGCUGGUCACCACCGAAGCUGAUUACAUAAGACAUCUAAUAUCAAUUGUCGAGGUAUUCAUAGCCGCCGCACACGCACUCCAAGAUAGCGGGAAGCUCCUUGAUGUGGAUACUGAGCGGCUUUUCUCAAACAUUCCCGAUGUUCUCAACGCCAGUCUCUGUUUCUGGGAGAUCACCAUAUAUCCGAUGCUCGUCGAUGCUCAUGAAAAGGGAGUGCCAUUCAAUACAGAGCUUAUGGCUGCGGGUUUUUGCCGAUUCCGUGAUCUAUUCCAACCAUAUGAGAAAUAUGUUAAAGAGCAGACCAAAGCUUUGGACUACUUACGAUCGCUUUCUAGCAACACCGAUUUCAUGACAUAUCUCACCUGGUGCCAUGGACACAAAUCUUGCAACAGGUUGCAACUAUCUGACAUCAUGGUGAAGCCCAUGCAACGGCUCACCAAGUAUAGCCUGAUACUACGUCGAAUCAUCACUCAUACUGACACGGAACCUGAACGUACUAAUCUCAUAGUUAUGGAAUCAUUCGCCAAAAAUUAUGUAUUGGAUCUUAACAGAUCCAUUCGUCAACGAGAAGAAUUGGAAAAACUGGACGCUCUUUCAAAUUCCAUUGAUAUUUAUGAAAUUGACUUUAAAGACGAAGAGAUGGAGCGAUAUUUCCGAAUGUUCGCCCAACUAAACCUCAAAGCUCCAAUGGUCAACUGUUUACCCACUCACAGCAGAACUUUAAUCCACCAAGGAGACCUCCGCUUCAGGGAUAACGUUAAGGAGUAUGAAGUUCGAGCAUUCCUCCUUACCGAUAUGUUGCUGAUAUGCAAGAAACUAUCUAAAAACUCACCGCAUCCAUAUAAACAAAUAAGGCCAAAAUAUAUGGUGGACAAGAUGCAACAUUUUCCAAAAUAUACAUCGCGUCCAAACAGCAAGGAGAUAUCUGGUCUACUAUUUGUCAUAUUGGAUGAUGUCGGAACAGCAUACCAAAUCUUCGCUCUUUCUGAAUCUGCCAAGGACACAAAUCCCCAUGCCACGCUCAAACUAUGGGAUCAGAAGUUGAAGGAAGCGAAACUGACAUAUGAGCUGGGUGUGUGGUUUGCGAAAAAUCCUUCGCGUGAUCUAUCCGAGGUGGAAAUGGAUUCGUCAUCCGACUACGCUGCGAGUGGCGUCAGCGGGCCCAGACCGAGUUCCGAAGAUGUGAACAUAGAACGCGAGGCUCGAGAAAGGGUAGCGGCUAUGCUGCAUCGUAGUAUGGGAGCAUCUACCGAAUAUGACUUCUCCCAAGCGUCUUUAACAACAGAUUCAUUUGAUGCUUCUGGUACGAGCGGCGCCCGCACACCCGGUCUGCACAACCUUAGGCACCCGAUGCACAGAAACUCGACCGGCGGCAGCUCUAGAAAUUCACGCCUAUCCAGUUUCCAUCAGUCCACGAGUGCUGCAUCACACGAUGAGCCUCAGGCCGGCCCCAGCAAGAAUCCUUACAAAGCUGGUACUUCAGUGGAGCAUUUAAUACCACCACAAAAUCCCGAUGAUGCCGUAACUUCGAUAACUGUCAACGUGGUGAGCGAAAGUGAAUCUGAAACUGUGGUGCCGACUGAAGCCCCACCAACGAUACAACAACACCCACCGCCUGCCAAGUCUCCAAGCAAGCCAUCGGGCAAGCUCGUGUCGCGAAGCUCGAGCUCUCAUAAAAAUACACUGAGGGUGCAACCACAAAGCGGUGUAAUGGCGCUCGUACACAGCCUGCCGGAUUUGACCAUAGACCCUUCACCGCCUCGGCCGACACAGACUCCGAGUCCACAAUCAGCGUCCGAAAAAUUGUAUCAAUCGCAUCAAGAGCUACUGCAGCGUAACAGGCUGUCAGCUACCCAGCAUCACCAAUACCUAACGCCAGAUCACCGAGGCACGAGCUAUCCGCCGCCUAGUCCAACCAGAGCAUCGCUGAAACGAGGAUUGGCAUUCUCAUAUUCAUUCAAGAAUCCACCGCUCUCUAAAAUGGGUCACGUGAACAGUCAAUCACAAUUGCAAGGCGAUGCAGGACCUUCGACCAGUCAAAAGGCACAAGGGCGGGCGUUCGCUGAGCCCGACACGCAAGGAGGACAAAGGGGCCGACUGACGCCGUCGCCGCGGUAA